CUCUUUUGCAUGCCUAUUGGUCUCACUUUUUUGGGGGGCUGUUUUGGACACCUUGGCAAAAAGCAUGCUGAUGUGGCAUCAUAUUUGAUGAUGUGGCCCUAAAACCUUAGUUAUAAGCAGGGGACUUGCCAAGGAAGCUGCUGUAAAAAAAUCAGAGUGAUUUGAAAUUUCCAAGUAAGAUUUUGAGAAGCGCGAAGUUAGGGUGCACAACUAGUGGGUCCUUUCCCCUAAUGAUUUUAGAUCCUUCAAAAAUGGUUCAAACAGUAAAUCCGAGUUAACCCUAAUUGACUGAAACCCUAGCAGAGUAGCAGCGAUGGCAAUGGCAGGAGCCGUAAUGAAGAGACGAAACUACUCUUUUGCACUGCGCAGUCUCAACUUUGCCUUUGGAUCUCUAUCCAUCUUACCUUCUCAUUCACGCUUUGCAUUGUCAACACUUGCAGAGAAGAAUGGCAGUGUCAUCCACCAUUUAGAGAACCCCUUUGCGCAGUUCGCUUCCACUAAAUUUAACAUCUCUUCUGUGGAGCUCGCUCGGAUGUUCAAAUGGGCCCCGACGUUGCAGAGGCUCCAAACGCUCGAUAAGGUUGAGGAAUUUGUUGGCGUCUUAGAAGAAAACGGCUUCAAGCAAGAGCAAAUUGCAAGGAUCAUGAGGAGCAUACCGCAGUAUCUGGUUUCGAGUUGUAAGGAAACGAGGAAUAAGGUUCAACUGCUGAAAGAUUCCGGCAUUUGUGGGGAACAUUUGGUGAAACUAUUGACGGGUAGGCCAUUGAUAUUGUCGUUCAGCCUCGAGCAGAGGCUUAUUCCCACGGUGACAUACCUCCUCAAUCUAUAUCAGUCUCAAGAUUUGUUUCUCAAAUCUGUAUUCAGAUAUAUGUCAAUUCUGACACUCAGCGUGGAGAAUUCGUUGAAACCCUCCAUUGCAUUUUGGGAGAACUACGGCUUUCGCGGAGGGGAGCUUACCAAACUUUUGGUCUUAAGGCCGAACAUUCUGCGUUGCAUUUCUUUCACGACUGCACAACUGGAUCUCAUUCAGAAAAUAGGUGUCGUAAAAGAGAGUAAAAUGUACAAGCAUGUUCUCAUCUUUUUGGCCAGUACUCGCAUGACAACACUCGAAGCCAAAAUUCGUAAUUUUCAUCUGUGUGGACUCUCGUAUGAGGAAACUAUGGAAUUACUUAGUCUUUCCCCUCAUGUCUUUGGCUUAACUGAAAAAAAUAUUCGAGCAAAGAUGGAUUUUAUGGUUAACAACAUGGAGCUUCCUCCAAAUUCCAUAAUAAAGUAUCGGAAGAUACUGUAUGUUAAUUUAGAUAAAGUCCUAAAGCCUAGGUUUUUUGUUUGGAAAAAAAUGGCAUCCAUGAAUGGGUUUGAGCAUUUUAAAAUCAAGUCGCUUCUCACAAUGUUGAAUAUGCGGGAGGCAGACUUUCUUACCAAGAUUUUGAAGGGACAUCCUGAAGCUGCCACAUUACUUGCUAUUUAUGAAAAGGGGCUUGCUGAUGCUUCGAGUAGCAGCUCUGGCACACAGAUCUUAAGGAGAUGUUGGUUUUGAGCAUUUGCCCAUAUAAAUUUGAUAUGUGACAAGUGAAGGCUAGUGUACUAAUUCAUUAUUUCUUAUGAAUUAAGAGCCCUUGACCUGGCUGCGAACAUUUGAGAUGGCAUGGAUUCGCCUGGAUGUAUUUCCCUCAAAACACCAGUUUCUCAAUGCAAAUUUUGGGAAAAAUGUGCUGCGCUCCUUGAAAUCCUCUUCAAACAAGGUAUGCUUGCCAAUUGUUAGAUUUGUAAAGCGAGAUUUCUAUAACUUUCAUUACUAAAAUUGGCGUAGGAUAAAUGUACAAUUUCAGUAACUUGAAAUUUUUAAUAACUGGAACACUUUGCAAAAUAUGUAUCAUUUUACGUGGACUCGUAGUUAUAGGCGAAUAAGGAAUUGGUAAUUUGACUAAAAAAAAAAAAAAAGUUUAUGCACGUCUAUACUUUUUGUCCACAUGAGAUGCCUUCCAUCCAUAAUCUAAGAUAAUUAAACAUACAACCAUCAUUUAAGAGUGACCAUUUAAUCUAUUCUUAAGAGCAUUUGAAAACUAGUCUUAUUUUUUAUGAAGGAUUUUUCAUCAACAAAGUUGUAUUUAAUUAUCCAAUAUAAGAUCAGGAGUCUUAAUUCUGUGAAAGGUGCACAAUCACUACAUCAUAUCAAGAGCUUUCACUCAGCAAGACUCAUUAAAAGCCUUUCAACUUCACUAUCAAACAAAACAUGCUCAACAAAGAGCAAAGAGAAUGAAUAUAGAAAAUGCAUAUGAACGCUUCAGGAUACUUAAUCUAAUCACAAGAUUCAUAUUAUAGAUGCCUAAAUAAUGUUGAAUUCAAAUGUUAUAUAUAUGCACUUAUACUUCGUACGCAUGAAAUCUAGGACAAUAUUGUGCACCCAACAGCAGAUUGCAAAAUUGGCAUGAUCAACUUAAUGGUUUUAGAUCCUUAAAAAAUGGUACAAACAGUAAAUCCGAGUUAACCCUAGUCGAUUGAAACCCUAGCAGAGUAGCAGCGAUGGCGAUGGCAAUGGCAGGAGCGGUAAUGAAGAGGCGAAACUACUCUUUUGCACUGUGCAGUCUCAACUUUGCCUUUGGAUCUCUAUCCAUCUUACCUUGUCAUUCAGGCUUUGCAUUGUCAACGCUGGUAGAGAAGAAUGGCAGUGUCAUCCAGCAUUUAGAAUCCCCCUUUGCGCAGUUAACAUCUCAUCUGUGGAGCUCGCUCGGAUGUUCAAAUGGGCCCCGACGUUGCAGAGGCUCCAAACGCUCGAUAAGGUUGAGGGAUUUGUUGGCGUCUUAGAAGAAAAUGGCUUCAAGUAAGAUUUAAUUGCAAGGAGGAACAUACCGAUGUAUCUGGCUGCGAGUUGUAAGGAAAUGAGGAAUAAGCUUCAACUGCUGAAAGAUUCUAGCAUUCGUGGGGAACAUUGGUGAAACUAUUGACGGGUAGGCCAUUGAUAUUGACGCUCAGCCUCGAACAGAGGCCUAUUCUCGCGGUGACAUUCUCCCUAAAUCUAUAUCAGUCUCAGGAUUUGUUUCUCAAAUCUAUAUUAAAAAAUAGGUCAAUUCUGAUUCAGCGUGGAGAAUACGUUAAAACUCUCCAUUGCAUUUUGGGAGGGCUGUGGCUUUCGCAGACGGGAGCUUACCAGAAUUUUGGUCUUAAGGCCGAGCAUUCUGCGUUGCAUUUAUUUCACGACUGCACAACUGUAUCUCAUUCAGAAAAUAGGUAUCGUAAAAGAGAGAAUCUUUUAAAAUCGUACAAGGAUGUUCUCAUCCUUUUGGCUACUUCUCCCAUGGCAACACUCGAAGCCAAAAUUCGUAAUUUUCAAUUGUGUGGCCUCUCGUAUGAGGAAACUAUGGAAUUAUUUAGGCUUUCCCCUAAUGUUUUUGGCUUAACUGAAGCAAAUAUUCGAGCAAAGAUGGACUUUGUGGUUAAGAACAUGGAGCUUCCUCCAAACUUCGUGAUAAAGUAUCGGACGAUACUGUAUAUUAAUUUAGAUAAAGUUAUAAAGCCUAGGUUUUUUGUUUGGAAAAAAAUGGCAUCCAUGAAUGGGCUUGAGAAUUUUGAAAUCAAGUCGCUUUGCACAAUGUUGAAUAUGCGGGAGGCAGGGUUUAUUACCAAGAUUUUGAAUGGGCAUCCUCAAGCCGCCACAUUAUUUGCUAUUUAUGAAAAGCGGCUUGCUGAUGCUUCGAGUAGCAGCGCUGGCACAAUGAUCUUAAGGAGAUGUUCCUUUUGAGCAUUUACUCAUACAGAUUUGAUAUGUGACAAGUGAAGGCUAGUGUAGUAAUUCACUAUUUCUUAUGAUUGCACAAUAAGAGCCCUUGACCUGGCUGCGAACAUUUGAGAUGACAUGGAUUCACCUGGAUGUGUUUCCCUCACAAAACCACUUUCUUAAUGCAAAUUUUGGGAAAAAUGUGCUGCGCUGGGUGAAAUCCUCUUCAAGCAAGAGGUUUGCCAAGAGUCCAACAUCCUCAUGAAGAUGAUACUGUGUCACAGCCAAGCCAUACUUAAUGGUUCUUUGGUCAUGAUGCAGAGUCUUCAUAUAUACAUUUUCUAGUAAUAUACUAGGGAUAUAUUCUUCUUUUUUGUUUACAAGUAAACAUUACUUGGGAUUCUGUCAGGGCAAAUUCGUUCCGUACACAAGAAUGCAAUUCUUUAUUGCACAUAGCGAUCAGUUAAAAUAUGUUUACAGUUUGAGAAACAUGUCUUUCUUGCAGGUAUCUUCUUCACUUGCAAUAUUUGAAUCUCAGUUAUCCUUAAGUAGUAAAAAUACAAAACACAUGCAAUUGAGUGAUUACACAUGUAGAGAAUGCAAGUUCUUAUUUAGAGAAAUUUGUAAGUGAAUCAAUUUAGUUGGCACUUCGUGCAACACUUGCUUGUAGU